GCGCAAACCGCGCGGCGAGGUGGGGGAGGGAGGUCCGUGUGUGUCUGUGUUGUUGUUCGGCGGCAGCGGCGGCGGCGGUAAGAUGGCUGCCCACGGGGGCUCCGCGGCGUCCUCGGCGCUGAAGGGGUUAAUUCAGCAGUUCACCGCCAUCACCGGUGCAAGUGAAAGUGUAGGGAAACAUAUGCUCGAAGCCUGCAACAAUAAUCUGGAGAUGGCAGUUACUAUGUUUUUGGAUGGUGGAGGAAUUGCUGAAGAGCCCAGUACCAGUUCAGCAAGUGUCUCCACAGUCAGACCUCACACAGAAGAAGAAGUUCGUGCCCCAAUUCCUCAAAAACAGGAAAUAUUGGUGGAACCAGAACCUUUGUUUGGUGCUCCUAAAAGACGACGGCCUGCACGUUCAAUAUUUGAUGGUUUCCGAGAUUUUCAAACUGAAACUAUUCGGCAAGAACAGGAAUUAAGAAAUGGAGGAGCAAUAGAUAAGAAACUGACUACCCUUGCAGAUCUUUUCCGGCCACCCAUUGAUUUGAUGCAUAAAGGCAGCUUUGAAACAGCCAAAGAGUGCGGCCAGAUGCAAAAUAAGUGGCUAAUGAUAAACAUUCAAAAUGUACAAGACUUUGCAUGCCAGUGCCUCAACCGUGAUGUGUGGAGCAAUGAAGCUGUGAAGAAUAUUAUCCGGGAACAUUUCAUUUUCUGGCAGGUUUAUCACGACAGUGAAGAAGGUCAGAGAUACAUACAGUUUUAUAAGCUAGGGGAUUUCCCCUAUGUUUCUAUCUUGGAUCCACGGACAGGUCAGAAGCUAGUAGAGUGGCACCAGUUAGAUGUAUCUUCUUUCUUGGACCAAGUGACAGGAUUUCUGGGUGAACAUGGGCAACUGGAUGGACUUUCUAGCAGUCCCCCCAAAAAAUGUGCCCGUUCAGAGAGCCUUAUAGAUGCAAGUGAAGACAGCCAGCUAGAAGCUGCCAUCAGAGCCUCCUUGCAAGAGACACACUUUGAUUCAACACAGACAAAACAGGAUAGCCGCUCAGAUGAAGAAUCUGAAUCUGAACUUUUUUCUGGCAGUGAGGAGUUCAUAUCCGUUUGUGGCUCUGAUGAAGAAGAGGAGAUAGAGAAUCUUGCCAAGUCCAGAAAAUCUCCCCAUAAAGAUUUGGGGCAUAGAAAAGAGGAGAAUAGAAGGCCACUGACUGAGCCCCCAGCCAGAACUGAGCCUGGAACAGCCACAAACCACCAAGGAUUGCCAGCCGUGGAUUCAGAAAUACUAGAGAUGUCACCUGAAAAAUCAGAUGGAAUAGUGGAGGGCAUAGAUGUAAAUGGACCAAAAGCACAGUUGAUGUUGCGGUAUCCAGAUGGAAAAAGGGAACAGAUCACUCUUCCAGAGCAAGCUAAACUGCUGGCUUUGGUGAAGCAUGUCCAGUCUAAAGGAUAUCCAAAUGAACGUUUUGAACUUCUCACCAACUUCCCUCGAAGGAAACUCUCUCAUCUGGACUAUGACAUUACAUUACAAGAGGCAGGCCUUUGUCCUCAAGAGACUGUCUUUGUACAGGAAAGAAAUUAACAUCAUGGCCUGACCUCUCUCAGCUUACCCCUUUUAUCCCUUUUCCUGUGAGAUACCAUGUCACUAAGUAUGCAUUUUGGCUCAUAGGACCAUAGAGCCAAAGUCGGGCAAGCAAGUCACCUGCCUUCUGUUUUAUUUCUUGCUCUCUCCUAUAUUCAGUCUCUUCCCCCGACCCCCUUUUUCACUCCUCUUCUGUUUUCUUCGUUUUCCUACUAUUCUUUCUUUCUUACCUAAUCUGGUGACCAAAUGGAAGUGAAAGAAUUAGACCUCCUAGUACUGGCUGCAGGAAAUGUAUGUUCCAAUAAGUGGUCUCUUGCACAGCACUUUUUUGGGAUCAAGUGAUAAUGUUACUCCUCAGGCUCCUUUGGUAAAAGAAUGGCUAGAUUCAGAAUAAGAACAACCUCCUUUUUUUUGUAAGCCCCAUUUUUGGUAGAGAAAAGAAAUUCUAUAACACUUUGUUCAUGUAAGAAAUAUCACGUAACAAAAUAUUCAGGCUUUUGUUUACAUGGAAAAAGCAUCCCUUAUAAUCAUUGUUCAUUAUAUUUAAAAAUUUUUUUCAAAGGAUUCCCAUGUUCCCACCUAAAAUUAUUUUCCAUGAUAUGUGUUAUUGGCAGAUUGAGUGUUAAAUAUAGGGUGAGUAGCAUGGAGUGGCUUUCAAUAUCCUAGCCUGAAACAGCUUUCUUCAUUAUUACUUUAUAAAUUGUAUUGAUCCUGCUAGUCCUGGAACGGACGUUUAGUGAGGCGAUUUUGGUGACUCGGAUAGGAAGGUGCUUGCUGUUUUUGCCAGUACAGCAUAUUAGUUCCUUUGGCCCUUCCAUUGUUUGGGUACACAAGUGAUCUGUAGGAGAGCAACUGUUCAAUUAAUCAUGCAGUACAGUGGCUUGUGGUUGUAACCACUAUGGUAAUUGAUUGUCCUAUGUGCUUUAAGGCAUACUUAUGUAUGUCCCGGGGGGUGGGGGGGAAGAAAAAGAUGCAGCUGAGAGUUGCUAACCAUGUUCCUACGGUUAGAAAGAAUGAUUCAUUUUUUUACCCCUGGUUGGAACAAUUCCUAAAAGGUUCUGGUGACUGAAUGAGCUUAAUUCCUCUACCGUUUUCUUGCAAAAGGUAUCAAAACUGAAAGCCUCUCUAAGGCAAAGACCUUUAAAUUCAGUUUAUAAGACAACAUUUAGUAAGGGAGGUGGAGAAGGUUACCGGUAAUCUUCAGAUGUGGAGUUCUUCUGCCGACAAAAGCCACAUUCAGACUUAGCUGGUGAAAGCUUUUUUCAGUAUUAUUUAGAAGAGGCCAUCUAGAAUCUAUGUAAUACUGUCUGACUUAUCACCUUCACCAUAUGCUCAAUUCUUACUUUGAGCUUUAAAUAGAGUCCUCUGAAGGGGUAGUAGUGAUUCUGGUGGCAAAAUCAGAACUUUAACUUGUUCUAUAGAAUGGACCUAUUUUGUCAGUUGGGGAUUUGGAUUGAUUGAUUCUUCUACUUGAGGAACAUAAAUUGCUAUUGCUCAGAGACCUUUAGGUUUCCAUCUACUUUAAGAUCACUCUUUCGGCAACGUGGGGAUUAAAAAAAAGAUGCUUAUUGUGUUGCUAGUACACAAUUAGAGAAUAUGGUUUCUAAUGGUUGGAUUUUGAGGGACCCUUCCUAAAGAAUGAGUAUGUAUCUCCUCAAGGAAAUCAUGGAAAAUUCUGUUUAUUCUUCAGUGAGUCCUUUUGAAUUAAUGUUCUUACAUUUUUUUCUAAGUCUGUGUAAGUGCUUAUGUAUAAGUAUAUAAUUGUAUAAAUAUUUAUAAAUAUAUUUAUAUAAUUACAAUUUCAUUUAUACCUUGAGUCAAAGUUCUCUCUUUAGAUUGGUGACUGAGUAAUACCAUUUCGGUGUUUUUCUCAUAAGCUCUCGAGGCUAACUAGCAGCUUCUCAUUUAUUGAGGAAACAUGGUUUUCAUGUUAAUUCCUCAGUUGUAUCUCUGAACUUGGAUAAUAUACUUGCUAUCUGAGGAAUAGAGCUAUAUACUAGCAAAGGUGCAGUAGAAGGUUUAAAAAUUAUUGGUAGUAGACAAAGUCAGAAAUUAAAAAUUCAGGGAGGCACAGGGUAAGAACUGAGGGUAUGCCCAGCUUUGGUGCUGUGUUGGCACCCAUCUCCACUCUCAGCAAAGUCACAGCUAAAGUCCAAAUCUGUCAAAAAUGUGAAGUCAAGAAUUUUCCCUGUGGGGCUCUGUUUCAUUCUUUUACCUACUAACUUCUCUAUAAAACGUAUCUCAAGAAUCCGAGACAUGCUCAUUAAUGAUAGGAUGUAGUUCUUUUUGAUGAGGUCAGCCGUGGCAUAUCCAUUUAUGAGAAACCAAAGUGACUUUUUCAACUUGGAUAACUGUGAGAUGACCGAGUAAAUAUAAAGUGAUUUAAGUAAGCAUAUCAAAGACUUAGGGCAUGAGAUACUGAUCCAACUUAGAUACAGUUGGUGUUUUUAGAGUACAAGAUGUAGAGGAUUUUAUUUUAUUUUGAGGCAGAAGUGUAAUUAUCCUGGGCUUGAUAUAGAAGCCCAUGGGGGAGGGAUUAUGGAUUAUACAUGGGAAGAGUAAGUAUAAAAAGGAGUACUGCUUCGCUCAUGAACUCAAUUCACUAAAGGAGUAUGCUUCCUCCAGGUUGUCUUCUUCUUUGCUCUGCAAAUUCCUUUGUUCUUUGGAGGAAAGAUUUUACUGAAUAGAUUAAAUGAGGCUAGUAAGAUUAGUUAAAAAUAGUCAUUCCUUAUAGGUAUUGGAAACAGCUCAAAAGAAAAGAUGGGGAGGAAAAGGACAAGAUAGACUUUGAGAGGGACAAGAAACAAAGAUGGGGAGAUGGAAUGAAAAUUAGUGGGGAAAAAAGUGACAGCAAACAUCUUUUGAAUUUGAUUUAGAAAGGAACCAGAGAAGAGAAAGAACAGCCAAAGAAAGAACAGAGGGAAGAAUGCGGAACUAAUUCUGAGUAACUAGCAUGUGCUAGGUACUUUAUGUGCAUUUUCUCCUUUAAUCUUCUUAAGAAUUCUACAAAAUACACACUUUCCCCAUUUUGUAGGCAGGAAGAAAGUGAAGUUCAUAGAACCCGCUCAGGAUGUCACAGCUAGUAAUUGGCAGAAUCAAAAUAGGCAUCCAGAGUCCAUGCUUUUUUUACUCCCUUGCUGUAGUCGCCCACAACAGGGGAAUCAAUUUACCCAAAAGGUUCUCUUCCUGUGUUUGGCUCUGUAAAUUAUCGUUUGGUUUGUUUCCUUUUAAAGCUUGUGGGAUUUGCACUAUGCCUGUAAAUUCUUAUUUACACCACUGUUUUGAGGGACUGAUUAUUCCUUUUUAAAAACGAUGCACUGAUAAAAUGUGAAAGGAAAAUAUGUGGCAUUAUUUGCCAAGAAUAGAUGGAAAGGCUAAAAAAUAAUUUUAUCUUUUUUAAACCAUUUUUUGGAAAAGAUACAGUUUUCUUUGUCCCAUCCAUACCUAAAUUGAGCUAUGUGUAUAUUUUUAAAUCUUCUAUAAAAUUCUACUUCCUUGACUCUAGAAGUCAACAAAUAUUUAUUGAGUCCUUAAUCAAAGUUGGAAAUGUCUUGAAGUCUAAUACCUGGUUUCUUCCUGUUUUAUCCAGUUGGAAAGACACACUACACAUGAGAUAAUUGAAGGUGCAAAUGUUUACCUUUCUGGGGCUGAACUGUAAUUACAAUAAAACUUUAGAAAAGGGAAAGACUUGUGUAGGCUUUCGUUAGGAAAGGCCACAGAAAACUAAAACUGAAAAGUGGCAAACUCUGUAGCUCAGAGUUUUUGACUCACCUGUAUUCUUUAGCUCCACCUUUUGUAACUGCUAGACUUAGGGCACAACGUUUAUUGGUAGUGUAUAUCCAGCACCCAAGUAGGAAAGGAUUAUUGAUCCUAGAACUAAAGAUUUUAGCUAGCAAGGAUCUCACUUGGACACUUAGGAAAAUACCAGAGGGAGCCACUAGCAGCUGGAAAGUGAAGGAAAGAUUUAAUUUCUGUACCCAAGUACGAAUGAAAUAUAUAGAGGGGCACUAUAUGUAGGCAUGAGUGCACUUGGGUAAAAGCUCUGCUAUACUAAUAGAGAAUUGGACUGGAUCAGUAGUUCUGUUUUUUCACGUUAAAGGACUUAUUCAAGUUUGGCAGGGGUGGGGAAUUGUGGGGUUUACAUAUUAAUAACAUUAAGACCAUAGCUGGAGAAAAUGUGCAUAUGAAAUUGCAGACCCUUUGCAAAAACUCUAGGAACCCACAGAUUGUAGACCACCGAAUGAGAUUAUCUCUGAAGUCCUUUCCACUCUAAACUUUCAUGCUUCUAGUUUCUCCUCUUUAUUACAUAUUAUCCCUAGGCUAAUUAAAAGUUUACUUGUUAAUCAGUUCUUUCGCUUUUUUUCUGUGUCCAGAUUUCCCAGUAACUUCAUCUCACCUCACUGUGUGACCAAAAUCUCCAAAAAAGAUAGUAUCAUAGUUCUAGACCUAGUAAUGAUCUUUUAAACACAAUUCAUCAAUUUUAAAAACUUCAUGCUGUGUUUUGAAUCAGUGUUAAGUAGGACUAAAAUGUAAUUAAUGAGAACCAAAUAUUUCACUGACACCAGAAUUAAAUUUUAUGUUACCUGUGUGCUUAAAGCACUUUACUGGAUGAGCAAUUGUUAGGAAAUUGAUUUGACUAAGUUGUAAAAUUUACACUUGGUUUUAGCAGAAACAACUUUUUCAAGAUCUAAUUAGACCAACUUUUAAAAAUAUUUCUUAUCCCACAAGAGUGCAUCUCUGUUAUGUUGUUCAUAUUUUCUCUCUCUCUCUCUCUCUCUCUGUCAGUCUCUCUCUGUCAGUCUGGCCUUCUUUCACUUAACUACUCAAUAGUAAAUCAUGGGAUGCAGGUUGCUGAAUAAGUGAUGGCUUGUGUAAAAUUAAAUGAGAUAGGAAGAACCAACCCUACUGAUGAACAUGGCAGUUUCCCAGUAAUACAAGCCUUGAUGAAAAGGCUACUUGAAGACAGCUGUGUCCUAUGAAUAUUCAACUUCAUUGAUUUGCCUUGCAUAGCAUAUCAAUUAUUGUCUUGCCUUGACACUUAGUAUUGCAUUGUGCACAGUUUAGAUUAGUGGCAAGAAUGUUUAGUACAGAAAAUAACCAACAGAGAAUACCAAGGCACUAUCUUGAUUUCUCUUGUUAUGUAGAAAUUUGGUAUUUCAGUGCUGGUUAUUUUGGUCUUUGACUCAAACCGUGUGUCAGUUCUGCUAGAGAGACAGUUUAGAAUCAAGAAUAUUUUUUUAUAGAGAUUAUGAUGACUUUGAUCGUUUUCCCAUGAAGUGAACUUGUGACUAAAUUAUUGGAUGUGACUAUGAGGCCGUGAAUUAGAAAGUCUUUUUAUCCUACCUUCUCUUUUACUUUUCCAUUCUCUAUUCUCAAUUUUUUGGAUAUCCAUUUUCUGAAAAUUAGUCAUGACUUUUAAUGAAAUUAGCUAUGUUUAAGAAGUUCCAUUUCUAAGUUUGAAUGUGUAACAUUUUUAAUUUUUCAUAAAUUAAUAUAUAAGGGAAGAAUUUGAAGCAAAUGGCUUUAUAGCUCAUUUUCUCUCUGCACCUGAGAAUUCUCUUAUUCCGUAUAUAGAACGGCUAGCUCCAUGAUACCCUUCCUCCCUUCUUUGUCCUACAGAAUGUUCUGUACUGCUUAGAAUCUCAGUCAUUCUCAUAAACAUGGUAAUUUUUGGUUCAAGCCUUUAUUUGCCAUAUGAUCUCAAAGCAGAGGUGGGCAAUCCAAUAUGAACUACUUCAGUAAAACUAUUUAGCAUUUCUGAAAAGUAUUUUCAAGAGAUGACCAGAUUUACUUGGAUUAGAGAUACAAAUACCAGUGGUAGUGUUUUGCCUAAACAAUCCCACAUUAAUGUCUUAAUACGAGAAGUUGCCUUCUUAUACUUAAUUCUGUGGCAACAAAUAGCAAGUUUUUGUUGUCUGGUAUUUCCUAUAUACAGACCAAAAUGCCCUGAGAUUUUCUCUUUUACAGGGUCACUUGAGUCUUCAAAUAGGAAGAAUAGUCAAACUACGCUGGACUGAACGUGAAAAAUUUUGUCUGCAUCAAAAAAAGUUAUUAAUCUAACUGGGCUACCACGAAUCAUUCAUUUAUUAGAUGUAAAUAAAUAAAAUGGGAGACAUUUCAAAUCAUUGGAUAAAUUCUGACCUGGAAUUGAAUUCUCCCCUUCUUAAAAUCUUUUAUUUGCUUUUUUCAUAGACUCAGUAUGAGCAUCUUAACUAAUAAGGGAUAGAUUCUUGAUCUGGAACUGUUCCCUGCCAUUCUGCUUUUUUUUCCCUUUUGUCAAGCUUGCUAGCUUUAGAAGAGUACAUGUUACCAGGUUCUAUUUCAAGUUAAUGACUUUGGAAUGCUGAUACUCAACUGGGUAUCUGAGUGUUUUCAACAAAAUGGUUUUAUAGUUUGCUUUUCUUGGAGCUUCUGUGUUCUUAAUAAUGGAAAAUAUCAAUAAAUUAUGUGAUUCAAAAUAUAAAUAGGUUUUUUACCCUAAUCAUAUGUUCUUAAUAACUUUUUGAUGAUUUAUUGCCCUGUAAAUUAAACCUCACAUGAAGUUACCAUUGCCACCAGAAAAUCCCCUUUACCUGCUAAUUAGAAUGAAAGUAGUAUGUGACCUCCACUUUUUAGUUAAGGAGUGUAGCAAGCUUGUAGUAGGGGCUGUUUAUCUUACCCAUUUUGGGCCUUGGGCCUUGGGCCUUGUUACUUUUUACGUUUAUCCCUUCAAUUUUGGAAAGCCUGUUUAAAACUCUUGCUGGGAAACAGACGGUAAAGCUAUGAUAUAAUCCUCUAGUCUUAGAUAUAGAGAAAUGAGUACCAGUUGAUGCUAACAUGAUACUUAGACUUUGAGGGGCUUUCAUCCAAGCUUUGGCAUGAAUCUUUUAUAUACAGUUUUUUCACUCCUUUAAAAAUCUUUUCUAGAAUGGUUUUCCUUUUGAUUGUUAACAACUUCUAAGCAUCUGGUGUCUUCUUUCUUUUCUUUCUUUCUUUCUUUCUUUCUUUCUUUUUUUUUUUUAACCCUUUAAGAAAAGUCCUUUUUCGAGUAGGUAUUGAUUGUUCCAUGAA